CAAGCUUCAGGUUCGAGCCUUGAACCCCGAAAUCAUGGGUCAUAUUAUUUCAUCAGGGAAUUGGCAUCUCCAAUCUCCAAAGCUUGAUUUCAUUCUCUUUCAGGUUUCAUUGUAUCUCUUGCUUUUAGUCCCUACUGCAACAUCAUUAAGUUUCAACUUUUCCAGUUUCAAUAAAUCAUUAGAGAUUAAUGGCACCAUCAUCCUCCAUUUAGAUGCAGUAGUCUCUGAUCCAAUCAUCGACCUCACAAGAAAUCGACAGGAUGAACUCAGUAAUCGUAGUACUGGUGGAGUGUUGUAUAAUGCACCAGUUCAGCUUUGGGACAAGAAGACGGGAACCCUAACCAACUUCACCACCCAUUUCUCCUUCACCUUCAGAAAUUCCUUAAACUACGACAAAUGUGUCUUUUCUAACAAGAGUCUCUGCUUUGGAGAUGGGCUUUCUUUCUUCCUGGCUCCCUAUGGUUCAGUAAUCCACGAUAGAAACCACAAUAUAUAUGGAGCUAAUGGUUUUGCAGGUGGUGGUCUUGGUCUUUUCAGCGAAGCACCUAUAAGGAUCAAUAAUUCCAUCAUUGCAGUGGAGUUUGAUACUUUCAAGAAUACAUGGGACAUAGAUAACAGUCACAUAGGUAUUGACAUCUCUUCCAUCGUAUCUAUAAAAAAUAUUUCUUGUAAUAUUAGUCUUUGGAGAUGGAUGAGAGAGAAUUCUAGCCCUUGGGAGGCUUGGGUUGAUUAUGAUUCAAGUUCUCAAAACUUGAGUGUUGUGUUGACCUGUUUCGAUAAAUCUGUUCCUUGUGAGACCUGCAGCCUUAACUAUAAAGUUAAUCUUAGUGAUUAUCUUCCAGAAAAUGUGACUAUUGGUUUUUCUGCAACCACUGGAACUGCCUACGAGCUGCAUCAACUAAACUUCUGGGACUUCAGAUCGAGUUUGGAGAUCGAUAAUUCGAUCAAUACGGGCCAUCUAUCAACUAAAAACAUUGUGGGAUUGGUUGUGGGUGGAGCUUCCAUGAUUAUUAUCUUGGGUUUGUUUUGGGUUUUCAGGUGGAGAAAGAAUAGAGAAAAUAAAGCAGAUGAUGAUGUGGUCUUAGAUGUGCCCACAGGGCCUAGGGAGUUCUCGUAUGCUGAAUUGGCUAGAGCAACUAGUCACUUCGAUGAGAAACAAAAGCUAGGAGAGGGAGGAUUUGGAGGUGUUUAUAGAGGGUUCUUGAGUGAUCUCAACAUGGAAGUUGCUGUGAAGAGGAUCUCUAAAGGGUCUAAACAAGGGAUAAAGGAGUAUGCAUCGGAGGUGAAGAUCAUUAGUCGAUUGCGGCAUAGGAACCUUGUGCACCUUCUUGGUUGGUGCCACCAACGGAAAGAGCUACUUCUUGUGUAUGAGUUCAUGCCCAAUGGAAGCCUUGAUUGCCAUCUAUUUCGAAAUAAGGGUUCCUUGACAUGGGAGUUGAGGUACAAGAUAGCUCUUGACUUAGCCUCUGCAUUACAAUAUUUGCACCAAGGGUGGGAUCAAUGUGUCAUCCACAGGGAUAUAAAAUCCAGCAAUGUAAUUCUAGAUUCCAACUUCAAUGCUAAACUUGGGGAUUUUGGUCUUGCUAGGCUUGUGGAAAAUGAUCAGAAGGGGUCACAAACAACUAAUGUAGCUACUACCACCAUGGGAGGAUGGCUGGUGGAACAUGAGAAAGGGACACAAACAACCAAUGUAGCUGGUACCAUGGGAUACAUGGCACCUGAAUAUGCUUUUAAUGGGAAGGCUAGUAAAGAAUCUGAUGUCUAUAGCUUUGGCAUUGUUCUCUUAGAAAUUGCUUAUGGGAGAAAAGCAGUUGAGAUGAGGGUUGACCCAAGUGAAGUAAGUUUGGUAGAAUGGGUUUGGAAGCUCUAUGGAAAUGGAAAGCAUCUCGAAGCGGCUGACCCAAGUCUAUGUGAGGAUUCGGAGAAGCAGCAAUUAGAGUGCAUGAUUGUUGUAGGGCUAUGGUGUGCUCAACAAGACUCCAAUCUCCGACCUACUAUUGGGCAAGCUAUCAAUGUUCUGAAAUUUGAUGCUCCAAUGCCCAAUCUCCCAUAUUAUAAGGUAAAUGUUUCUUCUCCAUUCAAUAUGAAUGCAUUCUGGAUUACAGCUUCCAAGGGUUCUACAGAAUGUGAUACAAUUCAAACCCAAUGUAUGUCCAAAAGCAGCACAACUGUUUCAGCCAAGUUAAACAUGUCAUCAUCUUCUUCAGCUUCAGCCUCAUCUUCCCUCUUGAACAAUACAUGGUAA